CUGUUUCUUCUGAGAAUUCUGAUAUCGAAGGUCGCGGGGAAGGGAGCGAAAAUACAGUAUCAACUAUUAAAAGCUGCAGGGAGCCGAGGCUAUGGGAGUGGAGAAGCAACUGUUGAGGGCUGGAACUGGUCCCAAACCUGUUCCUGGUCAGAACGUCACAGUCCACUGCACGGGAUUUGGUAAAAACGGUGAUCUCUCGCAGAAGUUUUGGAGCACAAAAGAUCCUGGGCAGAAGCCUUUCUCGUUUAAAAUUGGCCAAGGGUCGGUUAUCAAAGGAUGGGAUGAAGGUGUGUUGGGGAUGCAAGUAGGAGAAAAUGCUCGUCUUCAGUGCUCUCCUGACUAUGCGUAUGGUCCUAAUGGAUUUCCAGCAUGGGGAAUACUGCCCAAUUCGGUUUUGGUUUUUGAAAUUGAAGUCCUUAGCGUGGAGUGACCACCCUUUUUUUUUUAAGAGUUGGUAACAACCUGGGAAAUCAUUUGACUACCCUUUACAUGUUUUCAUGGACCAGCUGCUCAGUUUCCUGUUCUUUGAACACCUUUGAGUUCUUGAUUUAGUGGAAUCGAUUCUCUGAAUUUCAUAUUUACAUCAGUUAUGAC